CAAACGGGUAAUCCCAUGACAGCAUGAUUCCAAGAACUUAUGUAACGAGAAUUCUUAACAAGAGCAGCGUCAAAUGAUUCAAGAAAAUGAAUACAAACCAAAUGUACAAAACAGAAACGCAGAUAGAACCUGAAGUAGAAGGUGAACUUGAAAGAAACUAGAUACGAAGAAGAAAAACAUAACUCACAUGAGUUUACCAAGAAAAACAGCUAGUGAGUACGGUAGACACAGAAAGCAGAGCGAGGAUGAUAGCACAAUAAUGAGAAAACAAUAAAAUAGCAAAAUAAAAGUUGCGAGAAACAAGUUUUGAUCUACCUGUGGAUUGGUUGGGACGAGCCAUCCGCAUGACCACGUGCGAGGGAACAAAGCGCGGGAAAUGGGAACUAGUUGUUUUCAACAUGGCGGACUGAACGUACUCAUAUGAAGCAUUGUUGGAAACUCUUUUAUUUUACUCAGUUCAAACAUGCUUACACCGCGAUUUGAGCUCACACAAGAUGAUAACUUCGUGAUUGUCGAGAUUAAAACCCCAUACGUAAAGAUUUCAGAUGUUGAUUUUUUUAUUGGUGGAAGAGAGUUCAAGUUUUUUGUGAAGCCUUACUUUUUAAGGCUAAAUCUCCCAGGAGAAGUGAUAGAAGAUGGUAGAGAAGGUGCAGCCUAUGAUGUUGAUAAAGGGACUUUCACUGUCAAGAUACCCAAGCUGAAUGUUGGACAGGAGUUUCCAGAUCUUGACAUGAUAACUACUCUACUUGCACCUAAGAACAAGUUGCCAGCACCAGCAGGACCAAUGAUUGAAGUUGUCAAUGAUGGAGAAGAAAAGGCUGCAUCUUUCAAUUCGGAUGAAAUUGGUGGUGGUGGUGAUGCUGAUGAUGGUGAUGAUAGCAGUGACUUUGACUGGGAGAUUGAGCAAGUAUUUCCCCAUGAUAAUCUUAAGUUAAGCAUGGAAGAAGAGGAGAAAUAUGGUUUUGCAAGACAAAAGAGUGGUAUUCUCAAACGAAGACAGGAGGAGUUGUUUGAGAUAGCUGAUAUCCAGAGUCCAGAAUCGAUGUCAUUAUCUCAAAUCAGAACUGCCCGACUCUCUUCUGAGGACCUUAAAUUUGACCCUGAGCACUAUCUAGCUGACUAUUUUGAUGAGGAAUCAAUUCAACAUAUACUGGCAUUCAGACCCCCAUGGACAACAGGUUACAGGCAGUCAUCGGUAGAACCAAAGGCAGGAAAUAUUACUGUUCCAGAAUUUCAGACCUCAAACAGUGAGAACGAAGAAAUUAAUAACCAGUCAGAAAAUACAGUUCAACUUACAGAGAAGGAGAAAGAUAAAAUGAGAAGAUUGCCAAACAAAGAAUACAUUCUAGAUGAGGGUGAACAGAAGAGUCUACUGUUGGGGCUGGUGGACAUCAUGUUUGCAUAUGCGUAUAACUAUAGGACAACUGAGGGCGAGAACACUGUUGAAUCCGCUUGGACAGUCAAUAAACUCAGUGCUACCCUUUCUUGGUUUGAGUCGUUCACCAGUCUGCACGAUGUCGUCUCAGCAUGCUGCAGGCGCUCUCUAAGCUACCCUCUCCAUCGGAACUGGAAGAUAUGUGAACGUGUUUUUGAGGACACCAAAGCUUUGUUUGACUCAGGGAGACAUCGUUUGCUAAGGUGUCUGCUGGAAAUUCAUGACUUGUUCAACCAGGAUGACCCUCGAUACUUGCUGAACGAUCUUUACGUUACCGAUUACUGUGUCUGGAUCCAGAAAGUCAGUAAAAAGAAGUUGAAAUCGCUUGCACAAAGUCUUCACGAGUAUAAACUAAAGAUAUCGGAUGUUGGUUGGGAACUCGAUGAACUAGUGUCAGCUGCAAAAUCGCUCGAAGAAGAAACGGAUGAUGAGAAUGAUGAUGAUGAGGAAUCAACUGAUGAUAGUGAUGAAUCAAGUGAUGAUAGUGGUGAAUCAACCGGUGAUAGCGACACGAGCGGUGAAAGUGAACAAGAAAGCGGAAACGCCACAGCUCGGAGUCACCAAGAAGAUUCUAAUGAACCUGUUAAUAAUCUUAACUCUAAUGCUCAACUGCAGGAAAGCUUCGAGUCAUUAUCAUUGCAGGAGACUUUUUCCACAAAACAAGGAUUACAAUCUUGCGACAGAGAUCCCGAAAAAGUGGAGCUAGAACUUCCUGAGAGUUGCGGCACAUUCAACGCGGACUCUAGUCUCCCAAAGGCUGCGGCUGAAUUGCAGCCUAAUGAAGAUUUAUCAGACUCUUCGACGGAGGAAAAUGUGGAGAUCAAAUUUUUCAGUAGUGAUCUGAACGAAAAUCAAAGCCAGAAACCUAAAAUUGUUUUUUUGGAUUGAUUACUUGACGAGACUUCUGGAAUUAAAAGAGAAAUUAAACAUUACUAAACCUAAACCAGCUUUGUGGACGCUUUGUUUUCGAGGUUGUUUUUAUUCUUUUUUUAUUGCUUUAUUUUAUCUGACAGUUAUUGCCGGAAGCACAUUUUCGCUACUUUAGAGCUUAUUGAGAUACAAAAUAAAGACAGUUAAAGGAGGUUGAUAAGCAUCAAAUUACUCAUAGUUUAUUCGUAUGUCAUAAGGUUUUAAAAUCAUAGUCGUCAAUUCAUUUGCGCGAUCAUGUUGGAAAAUAGGCCUUCUUUAAAUAUAAACCCCUCUACUACCUUGAUAUGCAAAAAAAAAUAUACUUUAACGGAAAAAAGAA